CGGUUGGCCCCGCCUCCCCCCCCUGAAGCGCGGAGCGGUCCGUGAGGCGGGAGCGGGGGUUCCUGCGCUGGUAGGCGGCGGCGGCGACGACAGCAGUGGCGAGGCGGUGAGUAGGUGGUGCUCUAACUUUUACUGUAUGGACUCUUGCUCAGUAGCAUGGGAGAAGAGGAAGGACUACAUCAAACACAAUUACUGGUAUGUAAUAUUUUGCUUCUUUAAUGAAGCUGUAAUCUAAUAUUUUGUGCAAUCUCAGGAACAGGAUGGCAAAGAACUGCUUUUAUGAUGUGAGAUACUGAUUGCGAGUGUUACAGCAAAAAAUCCAGUGAGUCCUGUGGAAGGAGUAUCUUUCAGAAUCCAUAAACAUUUUUUCCUCUGCUUGUACACACCCAAGUGUGUGUGAUGUAUUAGGUUUUCAAGUUUUCUGCUUUGUUCUGUUCUUCUGUUGGUGUGCCUUAGAAGGCAUUUAAAUGCCAAAUAGUGGAUGUAUGAAAACCGGCUUAACAUUCAAUUGAAGUUUUAAUUACUCUUCACAAGAAUAUAAGUUGAAAUAAAAGAAGCUUCAAACUCUGCACAAAGUGUUUAAUGUUUGAUGACAUAAUCAUACACAGUCGAUUAGUAGUGCCAAAAGAUGUCUCUAGAGGUCAAGUUUUACAUGGGGGGAGGUGUGUGUGUGUUUAGAAAUUACUGUACAUAUGACUUUGGAAAAAUUAAAUGGGAUAUCCUCCAAUAGGAGGUUUGCUGGAAAGGGCACUAAAAAGUAAAAAUUUGGGUUGUAUUAAUGGGAAUAAUGCAAAUAUGUUAGGUUACAGGAGAAAAAAUUAAAAGAAACUUCAAAGCAUUUAAUGUAAAACAUGGAUAGGUUUUGAAAGGUCUAUGAAAAAUGACCUAAGACCAAGUCUAUAUUGUAGUCUCUGCAUAUUAUGAUGUCUGCAUAUUAUGAUUUCUGAGGAGUUUUGUACCUUUAGUGGAAAGAAUCUUCAAGAGUCAGAAAAUCCAAAAAAGGUUAAUCCAUAGAUAUAUACAGAAAUGUAAGAAGUGUUGUAUAGAGUCAGACCAAAUGUUUAUCUAGCUACUGUGCUAUCCCCAGGUUUUCAGAGUAGAUAAGUAUGUAACGUAAUUUGAAAGGAACGAUGUUGUUGCACUUUGGUGGAUUUUUAAUGACUGAAAAAGCUGAAAGAGCUCUCUGAAAAUAUGUGGAACAUACCAUAGCAACCAGAAAAGCAAGGCAGAGGUUAGGGCUCGCCGAGGGAAAUGGAAAAUUAUACAGAAAGACAUUGCAAUAGUAUUUUGGGUUUAUCAGCUUUUAGUUGAAAAACUUUGGUUAGUUUGGGUCAUUACAUUUAAAAAAAAAUUCCCCAAAUACUGGCCAAACAGGAAUUCUAAGCACAGAAGACUUAGAAGGGACAUAACAAAGGUGAAUAAAUGUAAAGAUCAGCUCCUAGAUUUCAUUUUCAGCCUAAUUUUUAAAAGACUAAAAGAAGUGAGGUCUACGACAUUUAAAAAAAAUAAAUAUUCUCUGCAUUUCAAGAGAUCAUCUGCUGUAUGUGCCUGGGGCAGCGUAGCCAAAAUUAGUGCAGAUCAGAACAAGACCUGGAGGCUAGUGCUUCACAGUCAUACCUUGGGAAAUUGAGCAAGUGAUUUUUAGGUGAGGUGUGAAUAAUGAGAAGCCUGCAUGCACCCCACUUUCUAGCUGGUUAACUUAAAUUAGGAGUACAGGGAUUUUGCUUUCUUAUAGUCGACUGGGAAAGAAGUACAGAAGCCCAUAGAGAGAAUGGCUGUGCGUGUCCCUCGGCACUUGCACAAUUCAUGUUGGAAUUACACAGUUAAUUUACUCACCUGAGUAAGGGAACUGGAAGGACUGCUUUAGGCACCUCAGUUGAAUGUCUCAAGUUCUGUGGAACAAAUCUAGAUCUUACUCUCUCUGUAGAGAAAAUAAGCUAACCUUUUCAAGUAUGCUGCCCAUUCUAUUUUUUUUCAUGUUCCUCUGUUAGGCAUGUUGAUGUUCUGGAGGGUCAGAUCUUUUGAAGAUGGUGUGCCAGGUUGUAUUUUAUUUCCAAAAUUAGAAGUUAAGCAUGCCAGUAGAAACUCAGGAGGAGCGAGGAGAAGCUGCCUCUCCAGUAGGUGAAAUACAGCCGUUGAGAUGUUUGCUUCUGAGCGAAGCAGUGGCUCCUGACUUCCAUCAAGUGUAGAGCUUAAUGGGAGCCAGGAGCUGGGAGCCCCUGCCGCUCUCCGAUGCCAUGACUUGUGGACCUGCUCACCCCUGGUUCCCGAGUGCCGUCUUUGGGACCCAGUUCGUAUGUUCCUGACCCCUGUUGUACUACACUGGCCAUUCUAUAACCUGGACACCAUGUUUGUGCGAGGAUUAAAGAGAAAAUGUUUUGAUGGUGAAGAAGACAUUGAAGGAACUCUGGCUGGUAUUAAGGCUAUUCCUUCAUAUAAUCUGCAGCGACAGUCACUUUUAGAUAUGUCCUUGGUUAAACUUCAGCUGUGUCACAUGCUGGUUGAACCUAACCUUUGUCGUUCGGUACUUAUAGCCAACACGGUACGGCAGAUCCAAGAGGAAAUGACUCAAGAUGGGACUUGGCAGAUGAUAAACACACAGAGUACAGGGCAGGCAUCCCUGGAUCGUCUUGUUUCAACAGAUAUCCUUUGUCGUUCAUCUCGGGAACAAGCUGAGGGAAAGCACGUUCCAGGCUAUAGUACUUUCGAUAAAGACUUUGAGGGUGAUCAGGCACAAGAUAAUUCAGAAACUAUGUCAACAGCCUCUUCAGUGCAAACUCCGAGAAACCUGCAGAGCAAUGUGUGGGAAAUGGAGAACGCACAAGAAAAUAAAGGAAACUUUCAAAAAUCAUUAGAUCAAAUAUUUGAGACACUGGAGAAUAAAAGUCCUAAUUCUGUUGAAGAUCUGUUUUCAGAAGUUGACAACUCUUACUAUGAUCUUGAUACUAUGUUAACAGGCAUGAUGAGCAAUACAAAAAUGGGACACUGUGAUGGGCUGGAAACAUUUGCUUCUCCAACAUCUACAGCUUCUAACUCUAAUUGUAAAUCUGAUCUUAAUGAGCUUGAUCAUAUUGUGGAAAUCCUUGUUGAAUCCUGAAACUCCUUAUCUAGGAGCUAAAGAUCAGUUAAUGGGAAGAAAAGACUCAAGAAAGCUGUUUCCACAGUUUGUUCUAUCAAAUCUGCACAUGUAUUUUACAAAUAUCUAUAUAUUAUAUAGAUAUAUAUAUUAAAAAGCACUUCAUAUUGCAAAAUAGUGUUAACUCUUAAAGUUAACUUGCAAUUUGUAGUGUAAUAAUCCAAUCUAUUGUCCAUUGAACUGUAAGUACAUACAGUAAAUGUGUUUUAAGUUUUUGGUCCAAGGCUCUUGAAAUUGGGAUCCUUUUACCAAUCGUUAUAGCCUUUGAUGGAGGAUAUGCUCAGUGAGAGGGAUUCUCUCAUCUUUUUCUUACACUUCGUCCAGUAAAUGGUAAUAAAUGGAGACAAGUUGGAUAACUGGUUUCCUAUUUUCCACCGGUUUUCCACUUUGUUAUACCACAAAACUCCUACCAUAUCUGCUGCUUCUGUUCUAAGUCGCUACAUGGCUCUUAAAGAGCAGUAUGCAAUAGUUUGUGUUAUCCUAGCUAGCUUAUUCUGGUUUUUGCUACAAUUUUUACUUCAAAAAUAGUUUAAAAGUGUUUAUUGGUGUUUAGAUUUUCCAGGUAUUUUCCUAAAAUAUAUUUUUACUACAGAUGUUAUGUCAGCUGCUAACUUAGUAACUUUUGAUCAUACCUGCAGUUGAUGUAUUUUUUGAAAGGUUUUCAAAAAGGGAUGGUUUUUUUUUACUGUGAGCUACCCAAUGUAGUUCAGUAAAGUGUAUGUAAAUGUAAAUAUAUGAUUUUAUACUUUACAUUAAAAUGUAAGAGCUGUUUUCAUUAUUCUGUUUUAUAGAGUAGUACUUUACUAAAUUGAGAAUUGUACAGUUAUGCUUUUCACACCCCAUAUACUUCAGUAUCGUUAGAAGAGCUUUGAUCCAGCUAGAUGCAGUUAAUUCACUUCAGACCAUACUUUUUGUUAACUAUGAACCUAAAUUACAUAGGUUUUUAUUUAUGUAUAUUUAUAUGUAAAUGUCAUCAAGUGAAUUGUUUUAUCACUGAGGUCUACCAUCAAAUAUUUGUUUAUAUGGGUUAACUCUCUUGCACUAAUUACUACAAAAAGUGUUAUUAAUGGCCUUUAAAUCUCAACUGGUAUGUCAUGAUGUCUUGUCGUAAUCAAUAUGCUCCACUCUUACCAAGGGUUUCCUCUUGGCUUAUUUUAAUAACAAAAGAUAAUACAACAUGGGACGGUGUUCUUUUCUUCAAGUACUCACAUUCAUUGUAAAGUGUAUAUAAUUAAGCUUAUUCCUAUGAGGCAUUUUCAAGGGAAAGGAAUUGAUCAAGCGCAGUGUAUGGUUUUGUUAUAGAACAACAAAUGUUUACCUUCACAAGCUGGUACUGGGGAAGAGCCCCAAAAUAGAAGUGAGGUAGACAA